UUACAACCGUUUUUACAUCAUCCGUGUUCACUUCCUGGUAGGAAACGGCGUUUACUAGUCCACGCCGUUCGUUAUUUCACCAUCUGAAUGAGAGGCGAUUAACUGCCGAGAGCUUUAAACAUGUCCGUUUCACCACCGUCGUCCGCUUCGGCAGGAUUCUCGGCCUUUUACCCGGCCGGCUACCAGGCUCCAGAAACCCAUGGACUGGACCGCACUUUUCGACUCACGGCCUUUUCCGAUAUGAAGGGAUGAGGGUGCAAAGUCCCGCAGGAGACUCUGCUCAAGCUCCUGCAGGGACUGGAGCCCGACGCUCAUGCAGGACCGGACGGAGCGGAGACAGGAGCCGGGGACGAGGCCUCAGACUUCAGUCAGCUAGUUUCAGUCUCACACGGUCCCCGGUUAGGCAUUGGGAUGGAUUCUUGUGUCAUUCCUUUGCGGCAUGGAGGUUUGUCCCUGAUCCAGACUACAGAUUUUUUCUAUCCAUUAGUUGAAGAUCCCUACAUGAUGGGUCGUAUAGCAUGUGCAAAUGUACUGAGUGAUCUGUACGCCAUGGGAAUUACUGAAUGUGACAACAUGCUGAUGCUACUGAGUGUCAGUCAGAGGAUGAGCGAGAAGGAGAGAGAACAGGUGAUGCCCUUAAUGAUGAAAGGGUUUCGUGAUGCAGCUGAAGAGGGAGGCACGUCUGUGACAGGCGGACAAACAGUUGUGAAUCCUUGGAUCAUCAUAGGGGGCGUAGCCACGGUAGUGUGCCCACCUACUGAUUUCAUCAUGCCAGAUGGUGCUGUACCAGGCGACGUGCUUGUUCUGACAAAACCUCUUGGGACCCAAGUAGCUGUCAACGCUCAUCAGUGGCUGAACAUACCAGAAAAAUGGAACAAGAUCAAGCUGGUGAUCUCAAAGGAGGAGGUGCAGCACGCUUAUCAGGAGGCCAUGCUCAACAUGGCUACCCUUAACCGCACUGCUGCUGCUCUAAUGCACAAGUUCAAUGCACAUGCUGCCACUGAUAUCACCGGCUUCGGGAUCAUUGGACAUGCACGGAACCUGGCCAAGCAGCAGCGUAAUGAAGUGGCCUUUGUUAUCCACAACCUGCCAAUUCUUGCUAAGAUGGCUGCUGUCAGUAAAGCUGGGGGAAACCUGUUUGGCCUUCUGCAUGGCACCUCCUCCGAGACCUCAGGCGGUUUGCUGAUCUGUCUGCCGCGAGAGCAGGCAGCACGUUUCUGCGCUGAGAUGAAGGCGAGCCGGACGAGCUCACUGGGCGAUGGACAGCAGGCCUGGAUAAUUGGAAUCGUGGAGAAGGGUAGCCGCUGCGCUCGCAUCAUCGACAAGCCCCGCAUCAUUGAGGUGCCAUAUCGUGGCCUUGCUGCAGGCAACACACAGCAGGAGAUCACCAACACUAUCACUACCGCCGCAGCCACCAACACCUGCAGCAGCCCAGCGGAACCUCAGCCCAGCCUGGCGCAGUGACACAGCCUCUAACACAAGCUCAUGCUCACGGUUCAUUUUUGUGCUUUGUACAUUUCACCUCUCUCUGUGGGUGUGGCUACUCCGGUUGUGCAAGUUAUUGAGGGUGGUAAUGUGUGAAAUGUGUGGUAUGUAGUUUGUGCUGGUAAGACUGGAAUUUGUGUGAGCAUGUGAGCGCACGUCUGUGCCUGUGAGAGCGAAUGUGUGUGCGUGUGAGAGCGAGCGAGCGAGUGUGCGUGUUAGAGGGAGUGAGUGUGUGAUAGGGUGCUUGUGUGAUUCGGAGGGAAUGAGAGAGGGGAGCUGUGCAUUCUCACUGCUUUUCAUUUCAUCUCCCUGUUCAGCCAAUGGGUUGAGAGCAACAGACCAAAAAUUUUCUUUUUACCUGGUGGGAGGUGGAAUGGAUUGCUUGUCCUUGUAUUUUUUUGUCUUUUUCCAUCUUCUUCAAUUCUGUUAAACUCAUAAACGCUUCCUCCCAUUUUAGAACUGGGUUAAAGGUUUUGCUGAAAGAAUGUUUACCAGGCAGUUCAAGCGUUAAUUGAGAAAUUGAAACUGAUUAGAGCCAUUUUCACUUUUCCAUCACAUUGAUAAAAAUUCCAGACACUUUCGAUCAAAUGCGUCUUGUUUAUGACAAUCGGAGCCAAUUAAAUACAUUGGAAAACAUUCUUUCAGCAAAUCUUGGGGAAUUCAAAUAAUUACAAUCAAGCCAAAUGUAUUGCUGAAGAUAUUUAAUACUGGCAAAUUUAAUUUAUUUGAUAUUUAAUUAUAUAAUUUGUGUGUGUCAUAGUUUUGAAUGCAAUCAACCAAAUUAAUGUUAAUUAUCUGAUCAUGCUGGUGCCCUUGUUUUAGUUCUGAUCAGCUUGACUUUCUUCUGAAGGUCUUUAGCUGUCUGUGUUGGUUGAAUGACUUGUUAGACAUUCAUUUAGGUUUCUGAAACAUGUUCGUUAGUAUUAAUUUGUGAAAUGUUUUGCAUUUGAUUAUGUGCUGUGAAUCUGUACUGAGGUUAUUGUUGAUGUUUUAAAGUCUUAGCUAGUAAUGGUGCAUCUCUUUCAUCGUGUAUUUGGGCUGCAGUAGCUUUUGGGAGGCGUGCACUUGGUUUUGUGUGAUGCUUAGAAUCAUGGCAAGCCUGUCUUCCCCUUAAUGCAGAGGUCUUUCUCACUUCUAUCUCUGUGCUAGCAUUCUCAUUUUGAUCAUUGGAAAAUCGGAUGUCUGAGUCCUCGCUGUGUAUCGAAGAGAGGAUUGAGCAGCUCUCUUUGGUCCUGUGGGCGAGGCCAGAAUCCCAAAGGCAUCAGCUGAACGGCUGCAGUAAAUCAAAAGCACUCAACCUUCCUGAUCAUGAUGCGUUUCCUGUUAAACCCCAGCCAAUGGGGAAGGGAGAAGUUGAUGUUUAUUUGUAAGGAAGGGUGGGAACUGGUCUGCUUCAUCUGUUCAGCUGCCUCAGGCUUUGUCCUGAUUUACUGUCAUCUUAAGAUAAUAAAACUGAUCAAGGAGUUUGUGUAAA